CGCGCAGCAGCACUCUCCCGGGACUGUAUAAAAACCCUCAGUCACCGCUCGGGGAGCACGGAGGAAGCUCAACCCCAGGUAUCUGUCUCUACCAACAAUGAAGGCUGUAGCUCUGAUCCUUGCUCUGGCAGUCAUCACUGGCUGCAAUGCUCGUGCUGUGCGUCAGGCUGAUGCCACCCCAGCCCGCUGGGAGGACACUGUGGAUCGUUUCUGGCAGUAUGUCUCUGAACUGAACCAAAAAGCCGAUGGGGUCGUGCAGGACAUCAAGGCCUCACAGCUCAGCAGGGAGCUAGACACGCUGAUCACUGACACCAUGGCAGAGCUGGCAACGUACAGAGAUGACAUCCAGACCAAGCUGAGCCCCUACACUGAGAGCUCCACUGGCCAGCUCACUCAGGACCUGCAGCUUCUGGCCAACAAACUCCAGCAGGAUAUGCUGGAUGCCAAGGAGCGCAGCACUCAGUAUGUGGGUGAGCUCAAGACCAUGGUGGAGCAGAAUGCCGAUGAUGUCCACAGCCGCAUCAAUACCUACACCCACAAGCUGAAGAAGCGCCUGAACAAGGACACAGAGGAGAUUCGCAACACUGUGGCCACCUACCUUGGUGAGCUCCAAUCCCGCACCUCCCAGAACCUGGGCACUGUGAAGGACCAUGUUGAGCCCUAUGUCCAACAGGCCAGCGACUCCGCCACCAAGAAGCUGAGUGACAUCUCCUCCAUCCUGAAGACACAGGCUGAGGGCUUGGGCCAGCAGCUGGAGACUCAGGCCGAGGGCCUCAAGACCCAGUUGGAGUCCACCGCCCAGGACCUGCGCACCUCCCUGGAAGGCAAGAUUGACGAGCUGACCGAGAUUUUCUCCCCCUACGCCGCCCAGUUCCGUGAGCAGGUUGAGAACAUCAUGGACAAGGUUAAGGAGACUGCCACCGCAUAAAGAAAGACUCAGGGUUUUUUUUAAGGGUUUUAGAUGGUUAGUGGUCCACUGUUUGUAGCAGGAGGGAUGUGUAAACCACUGAUUUCUUAAUACCCUGGCAAAGGGGCGAGUUGAGUUACAGAUGAUAUCACUUGGGUACUCUAUUGUUCAGGGUAAGGGGGUUGAUGAAAUGUAGACGGGAAGAUGGGGUGUGUUUUUUUACAGCAAUAAGCAGAUAAAUGUCUGUUUGGGUUCUUCCUUCUCUUAUUGACUCCCUUGAUCACUGAACAUAAGCACCCUAGUUGAUAACAGCAGGAGACAAUUAUUUGUAAUAUGCUUAGCUUUUCUACAUUUAUAGAACUGUUCUAGCUGCCCCCAACCUCCCUGAGUUUUUGUCUUGAGUUUCCUACAUUGUUUGGUCAUAAAUAUAACUGCUGAGUUUGGUUGGGGAUUCCAGCCCGUAUCAUCCCUAAAUGCACCAAACACAAGUGUCUUUCAUUUCAAUAAAUGCACUGAUUUUUUCUAGAGGUGACAGUGAACCACCAAGUGCACUUCUGUAUUGUCUGCAUUUCUUGUUGUUGUGCUUCACACAUAAAUGGAAUGUAAAAUUACUUGAUGCAGUUAUGACAAUCAGUGAGUAAAGUGUAAUGCUGCCUGUCUGUUCUUCGGUCUGACCAUAGAGUGUCCCUUGUGUGAUAUGCCCACCAUGCUGCUCACUGUUAGUGCACUGCCCGUGGCUGCAGUGUGCUGAACAGUGCUGAGUGAAUAAACAACCUAUAAAAAAUU